AUGGGAACAACACGACCACCAAGGCCUCACUGGCGCAUAUACUGGUUCGCUCUCAUACUCUGCUGCGGCGGAGCUUUGUUCGGAUAUGACUCGGGGGUAAUUGGCGGUGUCCUAACCUUCCAAACCUUCCAAACCUCCUUCUCAAUCCACCCCUCGGAGAAAACCCACACAAGCGCAAUCGCUGUCGGAAUCCAACAAGCCGGCGCCCUCGCCGGCUGUUUCCUAAUCUGGCCAAUAACAAACCGCUACGGACGCCGUCUCGCCAUGGGCCUAUGUUCUCUAAUCUUCAGCGUGGGCGUAAUCCUCGAAACGAUCGACUCGCAUUCCCUCCCUCUAUUCUACGUCGGACGGGUAAUCUGCGGACUCGGCAUUGGCGGGUCUGCGACCGUCAUCCCGAUCUACAUGUCGGAGAUGAGCCCAAAGGAAAUCCGUGGCCAGUUGGGGAGUUGUUAUCAGCUCACGUACACGGUUGGGAUCCUUGUUUCGUACUGGGUUGAUUAUGGGGUUAAGGGGAUGGGAGACGAGGCUGGGGCGCGGCAGUGGCAGAUUCCUGUUGGGUUGCAGCUUGUGCCUGGUGUUCUGAUGGGGGUUGGGAUGUUUGGUGUUAAGGAGAUGUCUUGUUUGGAUUCGGGGUGGGGAGGGGGGAGGUGGUUCGGGGGGGAGUUUGAGGAUAUGAGGAGGGGAUUGGAGGAGGAGAGGGAUGCGAGGGAUGGAUUUAGGGUUUGGGAGUUGGUUGAGGCGGGGAAUAUGAAGAGGAUGGGGAUUGCGGGUGGACUGUUUCUUGCGCAGCAGUCGACGGGGUCGACGGCGUUGGCGUAUUUCGGGCCGCAGUUUUUUGAGUUGCUUGUUGGGGAUGGGGAUCGGACGCUUUUGUUGACGGGGAUUUUUGGCGCCAUCAAGGUCGUUGCUUGUUUGGUUUUUGUGGUGUUUUUGUCGGAUCGUUUUGGGAGACGGCCUUUGUUGGCGGGUGGUGCGGGCUUUAUGGCGGUUUGUAUGAUUGCCACUGCGGCGGUCGUGAAGACUUACCCCCAGCCUGGUGAUGGGACGGUUACCUCUUCUGGGAUUGCCACGGUUGCCCUGAUAUACCUCGAUAUCAUUGCUUACAACUUCAGUUGGGGCCCGUUACCGUGGCCGUGUGCGAGUGAGAUCUUCCCUACGCGCAUUCGGGAGCCCGGUGUUGCGUUCGGUGUUGGAUCGCAGUGGCUGUUCAAUUUUGUCUGGAGUUUCUCAACACCGUAUAUCCAGGAGAGCCUAGGAUGGGGUACAUUCUUGCUGUUUGGACUGCUGGAUGUGGUGAUUGUGGGCUUUACUUACUUCUGUCUGAAGGAGACGGCUGGCAAGUCUCUCGAGGAGAUUAACGGGAUGUUCGAUGCUCGCCCGGAUGCUGAGCAUGGGUGGAAAGAUCCUUUGGAUGACGCUACUGCACCACAGGUACCUGCUGAAAGGUAUCAGGAUGCGCAGAUCGAUAAUGUCGAAUCGGUAUCCAAGCAUCGGACUGCACAUGUCGAGUCGACCGGACGGUCUUGA